AUACAUAUAACAUGCUAAUAUAUACAUAUUGCAUGCUUGAAGUGAGGAACAUAUACAAAGAAUUAGAGAAGAUGAGAGAUAAAGAAAAGAGAGAGAUAAUUUGUACAUGACUAGCUUCAAAUCAUAUUGUAAUUUCUCCUAAAUAGUGAAGUUCUAAUCUCAUUCACUUGUAAAGUAGAUGUAUCCGAAUCGCGUAAAAUUCGGUCUCAUCUCUAUUUUUUUUUCUGCUCAUCUUUAUUUAUUUUAUUAUUAAUUCUUUACAUUAUUUUUUUACAAAAACAAAAUAUUUCAUACGCCUUAAAUAUUAAAUAUUAAAAAUAAUAUUUAAAGCAAUGGGCAAUGGCAAAAUCGUAAACGGCUUAUAUAAAGUGUGGGACUAGGGUUUGAGGGGAUACCUCCGUCAAUUUUCAGAGAGAGCAAGAGGAAGAGAGUAAGGGAGGGAAGAUGCCGGCGGGUCACGGAGUGAGGUCGAGGACGAGAGAUCUGUUCUCUCGGCCCUUCAGGAAGAAGGGUUACAUCGCGCUCACGACGUACCUCAGGACCUUCAGAAUCGGGGACUACGUCGAUAUCAAGGUUAAUGGCGCUGUGCACAAGGGAAUGCCACAUAAAUUCUACCAUGGUCGCACCGGCCGUGUUUGGAAUGUCACCAAGCGUGCUAUCGGCGUUGAAGUCAACAAGCAGGUUGGUAAUAGAAUAAUCAGAAAAAGGAUCCAUGUUAGAGUCGAACACGCACAGCCUUCAAGGUGCACUGAGGACUUCAGACUUAGGAAGUUGAAGAAUGACCAAUUGAAAGCUGAGGCCAAGGCAAGCGGUGAGGUUAUCAGCACGAAGAGGCAGCCGGAGGGUCCCAAGCCUGGUUUCAUGGUGGAAGGUGCAACCUUGGAAACUGUUACUCCAAUUCCAUAUGAUGUUGUCAACGAUCUCAAGGGCGGAUACUAGGUUAGCUGUUCUGUUGAUUUUUAAUCUACACCAGACUAGCUUAUGUGGAUGCUUGUCUUGUUGGUUUGCUUUAGAGAUUAAACUUUUCAAUGCAGCCCAGACAAAUCGUUUAUUUCUAGCGAUAAAAAUUGUCCUGUUUUUUUGAAAGGUUUUAGUUUUUACAGUGAAUGCGGGGUUAUAAAAUUUAUCUUGUAGAACUUUAGCUAGUUUGUUAUUGGAGCUCCUCGAGGGAAAGAUUUAAGCAUUCAAGUGGUUUUUAAGUA